AGUGUCUGUCCAUUGUGUCGGGAGAGUGGUUCCUCCUUGGACGUAGUUGGUCGGCUGCUGAGAAGGCAGUGAGCACAGAAGAGCUGCUCUCGUCUCUGUAAUUAUAAGAAGAACGCCAUGGCCCUUGUUCGGAAUGCAGCUAUUAGGCUUUUGGCCAACUCCCAGAAAGUAUGUCCCCUUGGCAUUGCUGCAUCAAGAGCACAGUAUUCCACUGACAGUACUGACCUGCGGGAAGUGAUGGUGAAGAAGAUCCCAGAAGUGCAGGAACAAGUCAAGGCAUUCCGUAAGCAACAUGGAGGAACGAAAGUUGGUGAAAUUACUGUAGACAUGAUGUAUGGUGGCAUGCGUGGGAUGAAAGGUCUGGUAACUGAAACAUCUGUACUCGACCCUGACGAAGGUAUUCGCUUUCGUGGGUAUUCGAUUCCUGAGUGCCAGAAGCUCUUGCCUGCAGCUGAAGGGGGAGCUGAACCACUUCCUGAAGGUCUCUUUUGGCUCCUCUGCACUGGUGAUAUUCCAUCCAAAGCCCAGGUUGAUGCUCUGUCAAGGGAAUGGGCCAACCGUGCUGAUCUCCCACCUCAUGUCGUGAAUAUGCUCAAUAAUUUCCCCUCCAGUCUUCAUCCAAUGGCCCAGUUUUCUGCUGCAGUCACUGCCUUGAGCUCUGAAAGUAAAUUUUCAAAAGGCUAUGGGGAAGGUGUUCAUAAGAGCAAGUAUUGGGAGCUGUGCUUUGAUGACUCCAUGGAUUUGAUUGCUAAACUACCCACAGUAGCUGCUACUAUUUACCGUAAUUUGUAUCGAGAUGGAACCAGCAUCGGUGCAAUUGAUCCUGCGAAGGAUUGGUCUGCAAACUUCACUGCUAUGUUGGGAUAUGACGACCCACAGUUCACUGAACUUAUGCGACUCUAUCUUACUAUUCAUAGUGAUCAUGAAGGUGGCAAUGUUUCUGCACAUACAACCCAUCUUGUUGGAUCUGCCUUGUCUGACCCAUACCUCUCAUUUGCUGCUGGUAAAUGGAAUGGGCCCCCCCUUGGCGUGGGGACCCAUUGGCAUGGUUUAUUGGAACAAGAGUAGUUUUUAUUUUUAUCCAUGUAACAGGUACUGCUUUGGUUAACCAAGUUACGUUCUGAUAUUGGUGAUGAUGUAACGGAAGACCAGCUGAAGGAGUUCAUCUGGAAGACCUUGAAAUCAGGCCAGGUUGUUCCAGGAUAUGGACAUGCUGUUCUACGUAAAACAGAUCCAAGGUACACAUGUCAGCGAGAGUUUGCUCUCAAGCACCUUCCAGAUGACAAGAUGUUCAAGCUGGUGGCAAAAGUCUACAACGUAGUGCCCCCAAUUCUCACAGAAUUGGGCAAGGUGAAGAACCCAUGGCCAAAUGUUGAUGCCCACUCAGGUGUUUUACUGCAGCAUUAUGGCAUGACUGAGAUGAACUAUUACACGGUGCUAUUUGGCGUUUCUCGAGCUCUAGGCGUUCUCUCUUCUCUUGUCUGGGACCGUGCUCUUGGCCUUCCUAUUGAGAGGCCCAAGUCCAUGAGUACAGAAGGUUUAAUGAAAUUAGUUGGUGCUGCUGCCAAGGCUGGAUAAGAAGUCCUCAAUUCUUUUGUUAAGUUUUUGUUAUCCAUCACAUGUUAGUAUCAUACAGUGGGUUAUGAAAAUAUAGGACAGAAUCAGUAAUAUGAAAUCCCUCUUAACAGAGGAAUAUUUGAUAUUUAUCAACUAUCAAUUUAAAGAAAGUUUUUGUUAUGGAAUUCAGAUCAAAGUCAAUUAAUUGUUGACAGCCUUGUGGUGUGCACCAGCUUUUUUUUCGUGUUAUGUAUACAAUUAUGCAUUCAUCUUUACAUUCAAAUCACGUCAAACAUUUUUUCGUAACUGUAUAGAAACAAAAUAUUUUUUGAACAAUACUGUAUAUUUUGUAAAAUUUUUAGAAGGGCUUUUGCAAACAACUUUGCUAUUCCCAGUUUUGGGAAACUGCUGCUUGUGUACUACUAAAUGUGAUAUAUUUUGAGGUACAUCUUGUACUGGAAGUGAGAUAACAUCACAAUUUGAACCAAAAAGUAUUAAAUACCAGAUACACAGCUAACGAAAUUACAUGAUUUUAUGCAUUUUUAUUUAUUGCUUUUAUGAUUAUAAUGUUUUGAACCCAGCCCUAAAUUAUUUACAAAAUACUCUGUGUUUGUCCUAAUGUUGACAUUAAGUUAAGCCAGAGGUGAUUUUGCUGCAUCCAAUUGAACACUAGUGUUAUUGCUGCUCAUCGCUGACACUUGUUUAUACAUAUCUUGUUCUUGUGUGGUUAUUGAAACCUUUCCUUGUCCUUAACCUAGUGAACACAUUUGAUGUAGAGAAAAGCCUUUUUAAACAUACAUUAGUAUUUCACACCAACACACGUCGGGCGUUCUCAGAAAUCGAAAUGUAAAUAAUUGUAUAUUUUGGUAAGUGUCUAGAACUUCCAAGUAUGUAUAAGGAGUACAAAAUUAUAAAAAAAAAAAUGUUUAGUAACCGUAAUGUAUUGUUUCUCAUUCCCCCUUUAUAUCUUAGCACAGAAUCAAUGAGAUAUAUGUGCAUACUCAUGUAAAUACAUACAGGUGUGAAUAGGGAAGACCUCAAUGUAACCAUAGUGCCAUCUCAUAGACAGUGAAUCAAAUCAGAAAAUGCACCAAUAAUUUUAAGUUGAAGCUAUUUGUAAGAUACUGGAGACUUUUUUUCUCUCUCUCUCAGUGUCAAGACCAUUUUUUUUUUUUUCUCUGUGUCUGCACUCUUAAACAUGAGAUUUCAGUGAAGUGCAGUCAGAACAGAGAAGGUCUCUUGUACAUGUUAUCAGUCUGCAGUUGUUAUGAAAUUCUUUGUGAAGUCCAGCCCUGCUUUUAUUGUUAUUGGCUCUUUGUUUUUAUUGCAAGCAAGUUCCACAGGAUGUGAGAACUUGGUCUUUUGUUGGUAGGGAAGUAGUAGAAGUAUGAAGACUGAAAUGAACACCCAUGAAAUAGGAUAUGAUAUGGUGAAAAGAACUUUACUGGAAAUUGUCCCAAUUUAGUAUUCAUGAAUUGACAGAUUUCUCCCUUGGUUGGAAGGUACAGCAUUACUAGUUUACAUAGUGUUUUUUCAGAAUUACAGGAUGAGCUGUUGCGUAAUCAGCACGGCCAGAUUGUAUAGUUACCUUGUACAUGAAAGUUACCGAACUAU